AUUUGCAGACAUGGUGAUAGAAAGUGUAGAAGAUGACAAGCGGUGUGAUACAGAGGCAUAGAAGACUUCCUUAGUCUGCUGAGUUGGUGAAGUAUUGACGACGGAACAAAAUGCAAGUUAGAAAGCAAUUCUUCAGUUUAUGGAGAAAUCAUUAUAAUGUGUUGUCUGUAACACUUUAUUCCAUAAUUCUGAUUGUGGUCGAAGAAAUAAUGGAGAUUGAAUUUAAAUGUCCACAGAAGAAGGCAUUACAGAAAUUCUAUGUUGCUUCCUACUUUUUCUGUCCAGCAUUCAUUACAUUUUUCCUGAGCUUGACCUCCCACCCUGCCUGCAUUCCCUGGGCUCGCUGCAUUGGGAAAUGCUCGUGCUGCCGGAAGAGUGAGAUAAUUUUUAAGGCACUUCUACCUCCUCUGAUUUGGUGCGUGAUCCUCCUGUGCGAUGGCAGAUAUAUUGACUGUGUGUUUUCAACAAAUGAAGGAAACGACAACAAAAACGCAAACCAAAGCAGAGCAGCAGAAUUACCCAGUGAAUUCUACAUAAUGUCUCAGAUUGCAGGGUUGUUCAUUCUUGCUUUUGUCGUCACUCUUUAUGGCCUGUACCAUGUGUACCCGUUCUGGUUCUGCUGUAACUAUGAAGGACAUGAGAGAGAGGAGCUGGAGAGCCUAUUAGAGGAAGAAACAAGGAAACAUAUUGAAGAAAUGAAGAAAGAGGGUGCAGAGCAGAUAAUGGAACAGAAAGUGAAACCUUCUCUCCAAUGUGUUAAUACAAAUUUCUGGAAAAACGUAGAUUUAAGAAAAAUAGCGAAAAAAAUACAGGAAGUUGUAGAGUCUGCUGUUAGAGAUACAUGGGCGGCGAGACAACAAACAGAUGAACAAAGUGUGCCUCUCACCUCUCGCGUUGACAUGACCACCGCAGAACUGACCCUAUCAAGUAACACUUUGUGCUGAAGAGGUGUGCAGCUACUGUUGGGCCAGAACAGUUGCCGAUGCGGUAACACCAGGAUGCUCAAUCUGUCCAUCCUGGGCUUGGUGAGGGAAAGCACUCACCCUGCUCCCACCUCAGUCCUCCUGACCGCUGAAGCAGGUCUGGCUUUUUCGGUGUAGUCAGAAGAGUAAGUUGGGUUUAUUGUCCUGCUCCAGCCAGGGUCAUCAAGCUGAUGGGUACCAUCAGUCACCUUAUUAUCGUGGCCCUCAUUUUUUUGCUCUUCUACCUCUCUCUCUUCACCCCAGUGUUGAGUUUCUGGUCCCAGUUUUGCUAUAUCUGUACUCAAAACUGGUAGUUCUAUCCUGUUACCUGGUGCUUCCUCAACAUUGUGCUGGUUUGUGCCAUUCCUGCUUGCAAGGAAUUAGCUAGUGCCUGAUUGCAAUAAAACUUAAUGAGCACAAGUCAAGUGUCAGUGUCUACAUGACUGUCACAGGGUGAUCGCAUAAAUUAGGAUGCUCCGUUUAUCCUCAAGUGAAUCAGCUUUCUGGGAGGCAUGGUAGCCAGCUUUCUUGAAGCAAAAAAGCAAGUCUGACCUGUUGCUCAAAAGAGGGGAAAUAGGGAAUGAGCAGUAAGCAGCACCAUGCACGCUUGGCCUC